UUCCAAACAACAGCAGAAAACUGCUGUCACAAUCUGGAGGGAAUUUCCCUGCAGCAGUCCGACAGUUUUCAAGAACCAAUUUUUAUACUAACAUAUCACCAUUUUCAUCUCUUCUUUGCCAUUUUCAAAGUUUUUUGUGCUUAGGUUCUGAAAUUGGGCAACUCAAGAGGGAAAAAAGCUGUCUUUUAUGAAAAAAAUCUCUUAUUUUGGAGCAGUUUUGGUUGGAUUUGAUUAAAGAUCCUAGAGAGAAAUGGAACCCCCGAUGGGGUUGUGGGCUUCUUUGUGGAGUUUCAUACGUUUCUUGCCUUUCUUCAUUGGCCUUCUAAUUCUGGGAGUUCUCAAAGGUAUUAUGAUGUUCCCGGUGGUGUUUCUUGUUAUGACGUUUGGCAUCUCUGUGAUAAUACUCGGUCUUUUGCCUAUUCACUGCUUUCAUACCUAUUAUUGCGUUUUGAGCACGAAACAAUUUGGUCCCGGUUUGAAGCUCGUGCUGUGCAUUUGCAUUCCCAUCUUUGUAAUAGCAUGGCCCCCCGUUGGAAUUGCCUGUGCCGUCUUUGGUGGUGCAGCGUACGGCCUGCUUGCACCAAUGUUUGCCACGUUCCAGGCAAUCGAGGAAGGGAAAACGGACAAAUUCUAUCACUGUAUUUACGAUGGAAUUUGUAGCACUCUGAAAGGAAGCUUCACUAUUAUCCGAGACUUCUUAGAUGUUUGUUUCUUUUCUUAUUUCUCGAUUAUGGAUGAGCUACGACGUCAAGGACCUGCAGAGGGGAAACACUAUGAGAUCAGGUUGAUUUACGUUCCCCAAGCUCUAAUAGCUGGGGUGCUCGGUGCAUUUGUCGAUUUUCCCGUGAUCUCAAUCAUAGCUCUGUGUAAGAGCCCUUACAUGCUUUUCAAGGGCUGGCAUCGUUUGUUUCACGAUUGCAUCGGACGUGAAGGACCAUUCUUGGAGACUAUUUGCGUGCCAUUCGCUGGUCUGGCCAUUCUACUCUGGCCGUUGGCGGUUGUAGGGGCCGUGUUGGGCUCCAUGGUGUCGAGCAUCUUCUUGGGCGCUUACGUGAGUUAUAUCAAUUUUCAGGAGAGGUCUUUCUGGUAUGGAUUGUGUUACAUUGUUGCUUCGGUUUCUAUUUACGACGAAUACAGCAACGAUAUCCUCGACAUGCCCGAAGGGUCCUGCUUUCCUAGACCGCGUUAUACAAAGAAAUCGAAGAUGCCUCCAUCGCACACUAACUCGUCCACUUCUAUUUCACGGCCGAGUUCUUUCAAAAAGGCGCCCUCACGAACGAGCUCUCUAAUGCCACCUAUGGUCGAGUUGAAGCCUCUCGAGGUAUAUUUUUGGUACAGUUUGAGAAUCGUAAAACGAGAAAUUACUAACUUUCGGUCUUAUGAUGCCUUGUUUGAGGAGUGCCGGCGUCAGGGUGGAGUGAUGGCUUCGGAAGGGAUAAUAACCUUAAAAGAUAUCGAGGAUGACAAGAACGACAAAUCUGGUGGUGGAGUGCUAAGCGUUGGCUUACCUGCCUAUUGCAUUCUUCAAGCACUUCUACGCUCAGCAAAAGCUGACAUAACUGGCAUAUUGCUAAGCGACAACGUGACUGAAAUAUCUUCAUCGAAUAGGCCCUCAGACAAGUUUUUCGAGUGGUUUCUUAAUCCGCUCAUAAUCAUCAAAGACCAGAUCAAAGCCGACAAACUUUCUGAGGAAGAGGAGCAAUACCUUGGCAAGUUGGUUUUACUGAGUGGAGAUCCGGUAAGGUUGAAGAACUCGACUAUUGGCUCAGUUCCUCAAUCCGAGAUUAGACAAGCCGAACUUGAUGCUAUUGCUCGAAGACUACGGGGAAUCACUAAAUCUAUAACAAGAUAUCCAACGUUUAGACGUCGUUUUGAUGAUAGCACAAAGUGCAUUCUUGACGAGCUUGCUAGGAAGAACGAAGAUAGCGGAAAAUCUGGAUACAAGAAAGACUCGGUGAUGGAAGUGAAGAAAGGAGAUUACAAGGAGUGCAACUCGAGCCGGCCCAACUUCUUUUCCAACACGGGCAACACCAUCUACACUCUUAACCGGACCGGUUUUUUCUACUUCAUUAGCGGCUCGACCGGCCACUGCGAGAUGGGGCAGCAUAUGAUCGUGUUGGUCGUGGCACAGGAUGGCUCUGAUGGAGCCUCCCGUGCUUCGGAUUCGGAUUCAAACACAAUCAAAGUUUUUUCUUCAUUUGGAUUUCUUGUCUUUUUAUUUCUUUUCUCAUUAGCUUAG